GACAGAAGUCCGCCCAUCAUCCCAGACAGUCAUUCAACAGUGGAAAUGGAGAAUAACGCCUCUAACGCACAAGAGUUUUGCAUUAAUGGCUGCGGGUUCUAUGGGAAUCGUAUUUAUGACUACAUGUGCUCAAAAUGCUUUAAAGAGUCAAAUGGAAAGAAUAUGCAAAAAGAUAACUUAUUAUCUUGUUCAUGGUAAUUUCGAUGUGGAUAAAGCCGAGAACUUAGUUGAACCGACUAUAUCCGGGACGAAAUCAACAAAUGAACCAUCUGAUUCCAUAAAUACGACUGAUACCCAGGCAGUUUCAGGAGAAGCGGUCGAGACAGAAAAACCAUUAAUUCAUCAACCUGGGAAUGUUUCGGCUGCACAGUCCACAGUUCAAGAUUCGCCACCUCCUCGACCAGUUCAAACCAUUAAAUCUCGCUGUUUCUUGUGUCGAGCGAAAAUUCCACUUGCUAAACAGACUGUCAAUAAAUGCCGUUGUGAGUAUAUCUAUUGCGACUUACAUAAAGUUCCCGAUAAGCACGACUGCGAUUUUGAUUUCGCUAAAAUGGGAAAGGAUAUUCUGGCCAAGAAUAACCCUAAGUUGAAUGAUGUUCACAAAGGAGGGCGUUCAUUUAAUAGAAUCGAUUAA